AUGCGCAGCAACUCGCCAAAUCCCCCGGGGGAGUCUGGCUUGCCAGACCUACAUCCUCCCCGGGACCCGUCUACGAAUUCUUCUGACCUUAGUGCUCCUCCCUCUUCGGAGAACGGCCAUACAACGACACCGGACCGGGAGCUGGAGGAGGAGGGUGAGGAUGGAGAGGAUGAGGAGGGAGGUAGCAGCUCAAACGCGGAUAUAAAGAAACCUUCUUACAAGAAACGGAAGCUCGAUAAUUCCCCGCCGUGGAAGAGCGCAACGACUCAGACCCCCACUUCGUUUUUGGACGAGACUGGUAGAAGGAAAUCUGGUCGGACAAACCCAAUCCCGCUGGAAUUUUUGCCUGGACUAGUAAACAAAAUUGGUGAUGUUACGCGUCCGACUAGGUCCUCGAGAAGACAAUCGCAGCAGCACAAGAAAGAUGUAACAUUUACUCCAGCUCCAGGUCCCUCUUCUUCCCGUUCAGGGACUUCACGCGCGCGUCCUACAUCAACAGGUAAACAACCAGCUACUAAUGGCAAACAUCACCCAACAACACCGACUCCUUCAAAAUCUUCAAGCCGGGCAUCGAAAUCAACACCAACAAAAAAAAUCCCAGCCCCAAGAGAAGUAUCAACCAAAAAGACCUCCUCGAAAAGAGGUCCUGCUCAAAAACCAAUUACUACUCCAAAACCAAAACCGAGUCCAGUUCAGGGCACCCGCAAAAGUGCACGAACAGCUUCUAGAACAAUUGAUGAACCUUCAAAAUCCGAAAAUCUCUCUAGCGCAAAACUCAAUGGCUUCUCGGAGUUCAAUUUUGAAUCUGAUGUUGAGUUUGAAGUUCAACCAGAUUUCAAACCUCCAAAAAUCAAAUUAAAAUUUGGAAAGCCAAAACCAGUAAUUACCCAUCCGUUGCACAUUCCGGCUCCGAAAGAAUUCCCUACCUUCGACGACUUUAUCAACCAAGAUGACAUUUCAAACAAUCCCGAAGCUUUGGCUGCUGCUGAAGAAGAAGCCAGAGAGGAGGCUGUGAUCCGAAAUAAGAUUGAAGAAAGUGUGAAGAGUGGAUUGUUGACGGUGGAAAAUUGUUCAUUGAAUCUGCCCGAAAAACAACCGGAGCCACCGCAACAGUAUGCUCAUUACGACCACCUAGUCGCACAUGCGUUGCACUUUCAGAGAUUACUGAUCAGGGAACGGAAAGACCAUGUGGAAAUUAUGAAGAAGCGGAAUGCAAUGGUUAUGGCAGAGAUAAAGAGGAAGAGACCAUUGACAAGGGAGGAAAUCGAGCAGGAGCAGUGGAUUGAGAAUCGGAAAGGGUAUAAGGAACAAAUUGGGCAGUUACGAAGGAAGUGGGAAGAAGUGCUGAAGGAAGUCGAACGCCGAAGACGUGUUCGGGCGGAAGAGGAACAACGAUUAGCCGGAAAGGAGCACCUCAACCAAAUGCUUGAGCACUCAACACAACUACUUGAAGCCCGCCGAGGAGACAGACAAACUUCUGUAGCUACCCAAUCAGGAGGCGAGUCGGAGUUAGGCGAGGAAGAUAAAGAAUUCGGAGAGGAUGAUGAAGACGAUGACGAAGGAGAGGGCGAUAAUGUGUCUGAGAAUCAAGAGAUGGAAUUGGCGGAUGAGGAUAAUAUGUCUACAAGUGAUUCUGAAGAGGAUGACGGUGGGGAUGAUGACGAGAAUCUCACUGUUGAAGAACUGAAGGCUAAAUACGCUGGCGUAACUGAGAAAUCCACAUCUAGGCCUACUACUGGCGGGAAAGGGCUCAUUAGUCUCUUCCCGGAACUCAGUGGAGGGUCGCCUGCAGAUGAUGAAGGCGAAGUAUUGACAAAUGAUACACCAGGAGCUAACCUUGAAGGUCCGGAUAAUGAUGAUCCUUUCGACGAGGAUAUGCAAGAUAUACCGGCGGAUCAUACUCUUGAAAAGAAUCGAGAUGAAAGCUCAGCUACUUUGCCUGAAUUAGAAGAGGUUGACCAAAUCCUAAUGGACGACAGCGAUGAGUCAACUACUAUGGAUUCAGAAGAAGAAUUCGACGAGGGAGAUGAUGAUGAAGAAACUGACGAUGAUGAUUCUGAUGAAGGAUUUGGAACAGGGUUUGGUGGGUUGAUGGGCCUUUAUGGUGAUCUAGUGACCAAGCCGCAAGGAGAGUCUGAAGAUGUGAUGAUGGAAGAUGAGAUUACAGAAGACGUUGUUAUGCAGCCAUCAAUGACCCAAGGUCUCGCCAGUUCUAACGCCCACCCUGAGCGUGAGAAUCUGUCCAACGGUCACCUAGAUACCAUGGACGCAGAGACUGCGACUUCUAUUUCCCAGGCAGACCUAAAAGAAAUUGCUCGCCCGUCAUCGCUCACAUCGCCCGAGGCAUCGCCACAGCCAAAUCUGGAUAUCAGAACACCUAUUCCAUUUCUCCUCCGUGGAACUCUACGUGAAUAUCAGCAUUAUGGAUUGGAUUGGCUGGCAGGGUUGUAUUCAAAUAAAACGAAUGGUAUAUUGGCAGAUGAAAUGGGUCUUGGUAAAACUAUUCAAACAAUCGCACUCCUAGCCCAUCUCGCAUGCGAAAAAGAAGUUUGGGGUCCCCAUCUCAUUGUUGUCCCGACAUCUGUAAUGCUCAACUGGGAGAUGGAGUUCAAGAAAUGGGCCCCCGGCUUCAAAAUUCUUACAUAUUAUGGGACUCGUGAGCAGAGAUUAGAAAAACGCAAGGGGUGGUACGAUGAUAACCUAUGGCAUGUUUGCAUCACGUCUUACCAGCUCGUUCUUCAGGAUCAGGUCACAUUCAAACGUCGGAAUUGGCACUAUUUGAUCCUGGAUGAAGCUCAUAAUAUUAAGAAUUUCAGGUCCCAGCGGUGGCAGACAUUGUUGAAUUUCAAGGCCGAGGCCAGGCUACUUAUCACUGGAACACCGUUGCAAAACAAUCUUAUUGAGCUGUGGUCGCUUCUAUACUUCUUGAUGCCUUCUGGGGCCUCGAGCGCUAUGCCUGCUGGGUUUGCAAACUUGAAGGAGUUCCAGGAGUGGUUCGCACAUCCAGUUGAUCAGCUUAUUGAGGGUGGGAGGGAGGGAAUGGAUGAUGAGGCGAAACGCACGGUUACGAAAUUGCACAGGGUUCUUCGACCGUAUCUACUGCGAAGGUUAAAGGCAGAUGUAGAGAAGCAGAUGCCGGCGAAGUACGAGCAUAUUGUAUAUUGCCGGCUAUCUAAACGACAAAGAUUUCUCUAUGAGGAAUUCAUGUCAAUGGCACAGACCCGGGAAACUUUGGUGUCUGGGAAUUACCUUUCCAUCAUCAAUUGUUUGAUGCAGCUUCGCAAGGUUUGUAAUCAUCCAGAUUUGUUCGAGACCCGACAGAUCGUCACCUCGUUUGCGAUGAAGAGGAGUGUGGUCGCGGACUACGAAACCAAGGAGUUGCUCGUACGGAGAAGAUUACUGAAUGAGAACCCUUUUGAGCCUUUCUUUAGUACUGAUUUCUUGGAGUUUUGUGGACUGGUUCCUGCAAGGAACAACAGUCUUACAACCAAGAAUACUAGCAGGAUUCAAGCACUCUCAGCAACUAAGCUCUUGGAGAAGUAUUACGCGGACAAAGCUACCUUGGUUACGCCGGUUGAACAGGAUCUGUCGACCGUGAGGGGAAACAAUGCAUAUAUGGAGUAUCAAAAAGAGAUGUCGCACCUUGAGAGACUCAAAUCUUGUUUAAGACUCAAUCGCAUCCGAACGCAAUACCGGCCUCUCUAUGCACACGACCUUAUCGAAGCGUGCUCAGAAGACAUAUCAAUAGGUCCUAUUCGACGUCAACCUAAGAGACGAGAACAGACCACAGAGUGGUUUUUGAAUCGUUCCGAGAUUGUUCGUUCCAUGAUUCCUACAAUCGAAGAACGUACAGAGUCGCUGAGCACAAUUAUCGAUAAAUUCGGCUGUGCUACCCCACAUGUCGUUUCGGUGGAUAUGGCGCCGAUAGCGUUGACGCCUAAGGGCGUUGAGGUUGUUCUGAAGGCUCAGGCUGAAGAUCUGUUUCCUUCAGAUCCGUUUCAUAAUUCGCGUAUUCGACAGUCAAUCGCGUUCCCCGAUAAGCGGCUGCUGCAGUACGAUUGUGGCAAGCUACAGAGGCUGGACGGGCUCCUACGGGAGCUACAGGCUGGGGGUCAUCGUGCCUUAAUCUUUACACAAAUGACGAAGGUACUGGAUAUCUUGGAACAAUUUUUGAAUAUUCAUGGUCACCGGUAUCUACGUCUUGAUGGCGCAACAAAGGUAGAACAGCGGCAGAUCUUGACAGACCGCUUCAAUAAUGACCCAAGAAUUCUUGUAUUCAUUCUGUCUACUCGUUCCGGUGGAUUGGGGAUCAACCUGACUGGCGCGGAUACUGUAAUCUUUUACGAUCUUGACUGGAAUCCUGCCAUGGACAAGCAGUGCCAAGAUCGUUGCCAUCGUAUCGGUCAAACCCGCGAUGUCCAUAUCUACAGAUUUGUGUCGGAAUACACAAUCGAAUCUAACAUUCUUCGUAAGUCCAAUCAGAAGCGAAUGUUAGACGACGUCGUUAUCCAAGAGGGUGACUUCACGACUGAUUACUUCAACAAACUCUCAAUCCGCGACAUGCUUGGUGAUGAUGUCAUUAAAGAGCUCAAUGAUGAAACCGCCGAUGCACCUGUAGCUGCAGCAGGAGUCAAUAUGGAGAAAGCCCUUGAAGCGGCUGAGGAUGUCGAAGAUGCAGCUGCUGCAAAGGUUGCGCAGAGGGAGAUUGUUGAUGCUGAUGGGGCUGACUUCGCGGAGAGGCAAACACCGUCUCAGACACCCAAGGAUACAAAUUCCCCGGCGACGACAGUUACGGUGCCUAAAAUCAAGGAAAGGACAAGGGAAAAUACAGGAGAGAAGGAUAUACUCGCCGAGGAACCGCCAACGGAUGAACUAUCUGUUCCUGCUAUGACCCCAGUUGAAUCUGGAGUAGUCGGCGAGGAUUUGAAUAAGGGUCUUGGACACGAUAUCUAUGGUGAAGACUGGGGUAGGGUAGACCGAGAACCGGAAGAGGUUGACGAAUACAUGAUCCGGUACCUAGAAUGGGAAUUAAUCGAUGUGCCGGUUGUGCUUCCAGACAAGAGUAAAAAGAAGAAAAACAAGAAGGGAAAGAAAUUUUAG